ACUGGUCCGCUGGGAGUGAUGCACUGCACGACGGCGGACACAACGCUGGCCGGCUACGACAUACCGAAGGGAACGACCGUCUUCACGAAUCUCUACGCUGUGCACAUGUCGCCGCGACACUGGGACAAGCCAGAGCAGUUCCGCCCCGAGCGCUUCCUCACACCUGGAGGCCAGGUGAAGAAGAACAAGGCGCUGAUACCUUUCUGCAUCGGUAAGCGCAGCUGUAUCGGCGAGUCUCUCGCCCGCCUCGAGAUCUUCGUCUUCCUCUGCACGCUGCUGCAGCGCUUCUCAUUCGAGUUCGCCGACACGGGGCCGCGACCUUCGCUCGACGGUAACCUUGAGAUCGCCGUCAACAGCCCCUGCGACUACGAGGUCAGCGUGCGGCCGCGUUGACGCAUGCGCCGUCGCGUCCGAGGAAGCGCUCCUCGGGAUGACGUCAGCGAUAUGUGUGCACGAGUGGAUUGCGUCAUCGUUCGUACGCGUGCUUGUGAAGAAACAUGGCUGCCGUGUGUAAGAUAGUAUCGAAUCAGAUCGAGCGCGUCUCUUAUUUUUUUGUCUUUGGUCGGCGAGAAAUGACGAUGUGAUGCAGCAGAAACAGCGGAAACAGCAAUAGCAGCAGCAACAGCAGCAGCAGCAGUAACAGAAGCAGCAGUAGCAGCAG